AUGGCUCUUAAUAAUGAUAAUGACAAAAAAUUUAGCUUUCUACAGAGGUCAGACCCUUGUCACGCAUACUACCAGCGUAAGCUUAAUUAUUACCGUAAGGAGGCUCAGGUUACCAGGCCUCAUGCUCCGGCUACUACUACUCAUGAUUGCUCUGUAGCCGAUGGUGAAGAAGAAACCUUUUGUCUGUUGCCUACUUAUAGUACCCUGUGGAGUAGUUCGUACAGUCGUCCUGCUGGUAUCUCACUCAAGGAUCUAUAUAUUAUGAAGCUCACUGCUCAGUUUAUAGCACGGUACGACAUGCAUUUUCUGCGGGCUUUGAAGGAGCACGUGGCUCAGAAUCCGAAACCUCGGUUUGAUUUUUUGAAGCCGACUAGUAGCAGGUUUAAUUUCUGUGGUGGGCUUGUUCGUGGUUACGCCAGCGUGAUAAGGCCAUACAUAGAAUCUCUGAUGAGAGAUGGUGGUGGCAUUAUGCCGUUAGUGCUGCCAUCCAGUGUGUGUUGGACGAGAGAUGAUGAUUAUGACGGUAUGCCACUCUGUCUUCAGUUUUUCUUCGAACGUCUUCAGUUGGAGAAACUGGAGGCUGGGGAUAAGAUGGCUUUGGUUGACUUGCAUGCUUUCGUGAGUGGUGUCGACUUUUUCGCCCAGAGGGAUAAUCAAUCCUUUGCUUGUGUCAUGUCAAAAACUCCACACCUUUCGAAGAUGAUGUACGAAUGGCCCCAAAUGCAGCCAUCGAAGCUUAUUAAUAGUUAUGAUGAUGAUGAUGAUGAUGAUGAUGAUGAUACAGAACCGGAGCUAAUAGAUGCACCUCCUUCAUAUGAAAUCCUUGAAAAGCAGCUCACGCUCAAGGAGCUUGGUAUUAUUAAGGUCACAGCGAUGUUUGUGGCUCGGUACGGUGAGAACUUUCGGCGGGAUCUGAUGGAGAUAGUCUCUAUGAACCCUCUGUUUGAGUUUCUGAGGCCAAGUGAUUGCAAGUGUUCAAAGUUCUUCACCUCGCUUGUUAGAGUGUAUUCCAAUGUUAUAAUGCCUUCCGACAAGCUGUGGUACGGUGAUGAUUGUACGGAUUCCGCUCUCGAGUUUUUCUCCAGCUGUCUCCAGCUGGAGAAGCUGGAGAAGCUGGAGAACGGAGAUGAGACGGCUGCUAUUGAUCUGCAUGCGCUUGUGGGUGGUGUUGACUGUUUUAGUCACAUGAGUGAAAGCCUCUUUCUUGCUUUCGCUCCACAACCUGAACGGCUUUCGACUAUGGUGAAACGACGGGGAUGUCAGCUUCUUACUGAAUUUCGUAAGGCUCAACCUGAUGGAGGAGAAGCUCGGCCUUACCGUUUCCAAAGUAAUUUUAAGUUCCCUGAAAAGGGGAUCAAACUCAAGGAGCUUGGUGUUAUUAUCCUCACGGCGCAGUUUGUGGAGCGGUACGGUGAGAACUUCCGGCGGGGUCUGAGGAGGAGAGUUGUUAUGAACACUCAGUUUGGGUUUAUGGUGUUUGGUGACAGGAGGCACGAUUUCUAUUGCGGGAUUCUUUGUGCGUAUAGCAGCGUAUUAAGGCCUUGCAAAAGGAUGAAGAAGAGUGAUGCUUGUACGGAUACCGUUCUUGAGGUGUUUUUCGAGAUUCUCCAAUCGCAGGAGGAGGGGGAGGGAAUUGAAUUGCAUGAUUUUGUGGGUGGUGUUGACUCUUUUGCUCACGUGGAGGAUGAACAGUAUUCUGUUGUUGUGCCAGCACCUGUACACGUUCUGAUGAAUAUGAUCCCACGAACGCUCAGGCUGCCGGAUACGCUUUUGCUGCCUCCGGUGAAAUCUUCAAGUAUUCAUGAUCCUGCUCCAAGAAGACCUCACGAUCUUGCAUCUCCUACUAGGAGGUACACACUCCGGGAGGAUUGUAUUAUCAAGGUCACUGCUCAGUUUGUGGCGCGGUACGGGACGAAGUUUACGGGGGCUUUGGCGAGGAGAGUGGCUAAGACAACUCAGUUUGAGUUUAUGAACCCGACUAGUGGCAGGUCCCGUUUCUAUACAUGGUAUGUUGAGAGGUUAUCUGAAGUAUUAAAGCCUUACAAAAAAGGCGAUGCUUUUUAUCAAGAAAAAAAGCGUGAUGCUUGUAUGAACACUGUUCUUGAGGGUUUUUUCAGUUGUUUGGAUCGUCUCCAGCAAGAGGAGGAUGAAGCAGUGGGUGUCGUCGCUUUGCAUGGUUUUGUGGAUGUUGUUGACUGUUUUGCUUCCAUGGAUCAUGUAUUGAACCAGCACCUUACUCCACCAGGAUCCCAAGUUCAUCUUGGUGCUUACGGUCAGCCUUUAAUGGGGAUGAUGCAACCGGCACCACCAAAACUGGGUCUAAUGUCUCUUCCUCCACCACUGCCUCUACCUGAAGAACCAGAGCCAAAGAGACGAAAGUUUGACGUGUCAGCUCUUGCUCCAGAAGACCGGUUACACAAUUUUCAGGGUUGGUCUACAAUCAGGGUUUUUGUUCCAAACGUAGGUGAAGUUGUUAUUAGAUAA